AUGAGAAACAGUCCGGGACCAACCCCAAGGAAUUUAAGGCGAUCCUCGUCAGUACUCAGGUUGUUGCCGGAACAAAUUACUUUUUCAAGGUGGACAUUGGAGAGGACACUUAUAUCCACGCUCGAGUCUUCGUACCUCUGCCUGGUACAGGGGAGGGGCCGACUUUGGUGUCUUUCCAGCCGGAUAAGGAAAAGGAAGAUGAACUGGAAUAUUUCUAGGAUGGGGAUGAGAACCAUGUAG